CUGUUUCCUUUCCUUUGUUCUCACUUUUUCCUAUAUUAAUUAUUGCAGAAUGAUUCCAUGUAUUGCAUGUAGAUGUAUCAUUCAUGUGUCACCGUUCUUUGUCUUCAUUUAGGGAUCUCCAAUGGGUUGGGAGAACGUAAGCCAGGCCUCAGAGUAUCACAGGAAAACAGUCACUUUAGAAAAAGAAGAUUGUGAAACCUUUGGAUUUGAGAUUCAGACGUACAAACUACAUCACAAGGACAAAAACGCUGUGGAAACGUUCAUGUUUGUCUGUCGGGUACACAAAGGAAGUCCUGCCGCGUGGUGUGGGUUGAAAAUUGGUGAUAUAAUUGCUGGUGUAAAUGGCCUCAACAUGGAAGGAGUCAGGCACAAAGACAUUGUCGAACUGAGUAAAGCAUCUGGGAAUAAAAUCAGGCUGGAGAUUGUCUAUGGUUCUGCCAUCCAAAAAGCUGUACUGGAGGCCAGACUACAGUAUCUAAAGCCAACAUUAUAUCAGAAAUGGGAAGAAUAUCGCUCACUAAUGGUGCAGGAGCAUAGACUGUUACAUGGCAUUGUUGUAAAGGACCCCAGUGUUUAUGACACCUUGGAAUCCAUCAGGUCAUACAUUUACGGGACAGUUCCACAAUGUACCAAAGAUCCACUCCCCAGUACCCUGGCCACUGGAAGUAUAUGCAGCAGCGCAAGCUGCCUGAGCACAGCCGAGGAUAACGAGGAAGGGGUCUAUCAGACCUGCUACUUCAGCUCCAACUCUACAGAUGAUAUUCACACCGUUCUCAACAAAAGCACAAUCAAGCCUUACAAGUCUCCACUAACUCGCAGCUCGAGUGUUAAGUGUACAAGUCCUGCUACCAACUGGGAGAUGCCCAAGGAGCAGAGUACCUUUGUCUCUUUACCCAGGAAGAAAAACACAAGUUUUCAGAAAAGGCUUCUGAAGUUUGUCCCUGGCCUAAACAGAAUUUUAGAAGAGGAUGCCAGUCCUCGUUAGCCCCCCUACUUAUAUAAAAAGUUUAAGUUAAAGGGAA